AUGCUCCAACAACGGAGUGUGAUACGGGCGUUUCAGAAAUUGAUAGCGAUGUUGAUGUUAUGGAUUCGACGGCUUAAUCCUCACGCCGCACAACGAGUCCAAGUUGUGUAUCACACUAAAUUGGUCCGAGAGAAUGGGGGUAUGGAAGAGGAGAAAUUCAAGCCCGCGAAGCUCUAUGCUGCUGACUUUGGAGCGAUUGUGGUACCAAACGAGAGUGUAGGUGCGGUGGGGACAGAUCCCAUUCCCCCGCCCGAGCUGGAUGAACCUCUUUCCGCAAUAACAGAAGAUUUCCUAGUUACAAGCCAAGUUGCGGAAGGGUCUCAACUCUCCAACAUCAGUGACGGGGAGAUUAGUUCUCCAGACGUAUGUGGAGAGCGAAUUGACAUAUCGACAUGCUCCACUGUCAAUAUAGAAAGCUGCAUGCAUAGCCCCAAAAUCUCGUUCGAAGAGGAGCGUGAAAUGCCGAAGGAUCAACACCUUCUUUCUCCAAUACCCCCAAACCUUCCCGAGAGCGACAAGAGCGCUACUGCUAGCUCAAUAUCAGACGAAGAAAAUCGCCCCACAGCCGUCUGUUGCGUCCCUUCGGUCAGUGAAAAGAAGGAGAAGUGUGAACUGGAAAGCGAGAAAGAUGUACCUCAAGAUACCAUUGAGCACCAGGACGAUGACCUCAAAAUCGACAAUGAACAUGCGGUUCAAGGAAAGAACGAAAGAUCAAUGCUCCUGCUACAAAGCAUAGCUCCCGAAUUUGAGCAUGCAAAUGGAGAAGAACAUCAUCACGGUGGCGAGGCUUCUCAACUACUUGCUGCUAAGGACGAACCCCCCCGGGUCAAAGACGUCUGUCCACCUCUCACCGCCGGAGCGAUACUGCCCAGUGCUGAAGACACAAUCUCUCUUCUUUGCUCCCGCGGCCUCAAUGACGAAGGUAAUGCAGGUGAUUCUACAGAGGCAAAAACCCUCCCAGUCACUCCAAUUGACAUGAAAUCAAUCAGACCCCCGCAACCCGGCAAGAGGAAGACUCUAGUUAAAAUUCGUACACCUGAUAUGGAUGAUUUGGUAUCACUCAUAUCGUCAUGGCACCUACAUAGUCCUGUCUCCCCUGUUAGUGGUUGA